UCUCGGUCGAUUAGCUUUCAAUAAUGGCGGCUGGUUUGAAUCUCAAUAAUGCCAGUGCCGGUGAAUAACUCCUUAAAACACCUUGAAAAUUAAACGUGCAAUGAGCGAUAUCAUGGAAAACGGAAAGAGAAAGAAACGUACUCUACCGAGCUGGAUGACGAAGAAAGAUCGCUGUGAUGACAGCAAAAAACCGGAUAAUAACGACGAGGAAGAAGUUCGCACGAAGGCAAAGCAAGCACGUGUGUUACCAGCCUGCUUCUUUGAAGGAUUUAGUGACAGCAAGCUUCCAUUGUUGCAGUACAGAGGAAUGAUCUCAUACUCUACUCAUAAGGAUGAGUGUAACUUUAUUUGUGAUCAGCUCAUCAGUUCUGACAAUAAACCAGUGAUGGGGUUUGAUAUGGAAUGGAGAGUGGCAUUUGCAAGUGGAGGAGGAUCAAGGAAGACAUCGCUCAUCCAGCUAUGUUCAUCAGAAAGCACCUGCUACCUUUUCCAGCUAUCAAGCAUGGCAGGUUAUUAAAGAAGCCAUCACAAUUAAAUUAUAGUACAAUAGAAUAUGGUGUUAUUCACCUAUAUGAAGUUUGAAAAUGAAAAAUAUGGAAAAAUAAAAAAGAUACUCACGAUCUUGUUUUCUAGUAUUGUAAACAUUUUGAUUGACAUCUCAAUCAAAUGACUCUACCCGGGUUGUCCAUUAAACAUUUUGAUUGACAUCUCAAUCAAAUGACUCUACCCGGGUUGUCCAUGCCACCACCUUUUUCUGAAAGUUGAUCAGAAUGCCCCAAUAUUGAUUUUUUCACUUGUUUUUACAUAAUGGACAUUAUUUAAUUUAAGGAAAUAUAUUAAAAUGACUAAAUCUAUCAUUUCUAAAAUAUUCUCUAUC